AUAAUUCUUAACGCUACAACUACAACUACCAAUCUCUAUCUUUAAGUCACACGUUCCGACCAUUCCACCGUCACGAUACCCGCGAUACCCGACGCAAUAUAACUCAUAAACCGAGGGAAUUAAAGUUGGUACCGCCGUAGAAGGGAGACAAAAACACCAGAUCAUAGGGAUAGUCUUUUCUCCCGCCCGCUGCCCACCAUGUUUCGGGGAACAGCAGUCGGUCCUUAUGAUGAAGUAAUCGCCAAGGCGACCGACGAGAACCUCACUUCGGAGGACUGGGGGGCUAUUAUCGAGGUCUGCGACAAAGUAACCAGUGAUCCUAAUGGACCCAACCAAGCAGUUCAGGGCUUGAUCAAGCGCCUAGCACAUCGCAACGCCAAUGUUCAGCUCUACACCCUCGAGCUCGCGAAUGCGCUAUCGCAAAACUGCGGCAAGAACAUGCAUCGCGAGCUCGCCAGCCGCGCUUUCACCGAUGCCCUACUAAAACUUGCCAACGACCGCAAUACCCACCAACAAGUUAAGGUCAAGGUUUUAGAAAGAACAAAGGAAUGGUCUGAUAUGUUUAGCCAAGAUGCAGACCUUGGUAUCAUGUACGAUGCCUACUACCGUCUUAAGCAGACCAACCCGACCUUACAACCACCGUCGGCCCCGCAGAAGACCGGCCUUACCGAUCUAGAUCGCCAGAAGGAAGAAGAUGAGCUUCAAAUGGCGCUCACGCUAUCUUUACAAGAAGAAGAAAGGAAGAAGGUCCCUCAACCCGGUCCCUCUGUCGCAGGGCCAAGCUCAGGGGCAGGACCAAGUGCGGCGACUAAUCAGGCGGAACCAAUACCCUCUCACCCUACCGGAACAACAGCCGCCACCGUAUCACGAGUCCGCGCCCUCUACGAUUUCGUUCCGACCGAGCCUGGCGAACUUGAGUUUAAGAAGGGUGAUAUUAUCGCCGUCCUCGAGUCCGUCUUCAAGGACUGGUGGCGAGGUUCGUUGAAAGGUCGAACUGGCAUUUUCCCUCUUAACUACGUCGAGAAACUUGCGGACCCGACCCCCGAUGAGCUCCAACGCGAGGCGCAAAUGGAGGCUGAAGUUUUUGCCGAAAUCAAGAACGUCGAGAAGCUUCUUACCUUGCUAAGCACGUCUAAUGCAUCGCCGAGGGAAGAGGACAAUGAGGAGAUAUCAAAACUCUAUCACCAAACUCUGGCUAUCCGACCGAAACUAAUCAAAUUAAUUGAAAAGUACUCACAGAAGAAAGAGGACUUUACUCAACUAAACGAAAAGUUCAUUAAGGCCAGAAGAGAUUACGAAUCACUCUUAGAAUCUUCGAUGUCUCAUCCACCCCAACCGAACUACCAUCAAUAUGCUCCGAGACCGAUCAUGAACCACGGGUAUGGGGGUCCCGGGGGUCCGGGUCCGGGUCCGGGUUUUGCGCCUCAGGGGCCACCCGUUCAGCAAGAACCCCAAAGAUAUUAUACCCCCGGCCCUCAAGGGCCUCCUCCACAAGAGCAAACCCAAUACCAGGCGACAUCACCGCCUCCUACCUUCCAACGGCCAACGCCUGCCCCUGCUCCGUUCUAUCUGCAGGGCGCAGAGAUUCCACCUCAGGCGAGCCAACCGCCACCUCAACAAUACCCGCCAAGAGACCAGCCUUCGCGCAUAGCAAUGGGCAAGCAGCCCGCUCCUAUACAAACCUCGUCUCCCCCGCCACAGGCCUACCAGGCAUAUUCUCAACCUCCCCCUCAAGUGGGACAGAGGCCCCAGAGCACUUACGGCAAUCCCCAGGAACUAGCCACGUCCGCAUAUGACUCCCCGGUGGCUACUCAUAACCCGGGCCGCACCGACCCUUACUCUGCAUCGGUCUAUUCUCAAGAGGACCCUUACGCAUCGAGCCCGACUGCUCCCGCGCCAAGUGCUCCUAUCUUACCCGCUCCCUCUGCUCCCUUAGCACCUUCCGCACCCCCGGCCGCCGUGCCCACUCCCCUAGCUAUUGCCUCUCACCCUUCGCAGCCGCAAUAUUCGGCGUACAACCCGAACGCCCAUCGCCAAGACUCGUACGAUGCGGGUAUUCCUCCCCCGCAGCCCACCGGCUCAGCGCCCCCGAUCCCAGUUCAGCCGCCACCUAGCGUGCUAACGCCACCACCGCUACACCCAGGCGGACCGGCGUUCGAUGCUAGGCAGAGUCUACCGAGUCAGGUCGUACCGGGGAAUGUGGGCAUGGGAGGUGUUCAGCCCCAGUACAAGGCAUACGUGCCUCCUGGCAACGAACCGAGCGCCCCACAGGACUUUUACAGGCAGAACGCUGCUUAUUAAGACUAUGUAGGAUAGGGGUCAAGGGUUAGGAAGUUGAAUGGCGAGGGCGAGAAUUGGUGAACAAAGGAAGAAGAUAAGGGGACGCAGAAUGCGAGUCAAGGGAUUUGAAGGCUGGGUUUAGGUUUUUGCGAGCUACGGCAUACUUGUAUCAACUAGGCUUUUAAUGCAUCGGUGCAUUUCAAUGUUGCGGGGUUUAGUUGGUCGCUUGGUACACAGCUUGCUAGGGGAUACCCCGGAAAGGGGAACGGUUCCUGCUUGAUGAUCCAUCUGUUGGGAUCUUGGGGUUGGUAGAUAUGAUAACAUAAUCGAAGUGGUGAUAUAUUAAACAAUUGAACGUGGAUGUUGUUAUUUUGUGUUGUGAGCGCUGUGAGUGCUGUGAGUGUAAAAUAGUGGUAGUGUUUUCUUGGGACUGGUUAUAGGUGGCUUUGGUCUUAUGUUGGGCUAUUUUUAGCAAGGAUAUCAGCUAUAAUACUGCCCGGGCUCUUGAAGUGAGUG